GUGUCACUGGCUGGGCAGUUCAGCAUGCCAAAGUAUCCAGCUAGUGUUCAAACAAAGUGUGUCUAGGAACAACAUGAACAGUAUUUUAAACUGCAGCAGUCCCAUAUUUUCUUCUCUCUGCAGCAGUGUAAUGUCAGUGGGGUGGGGGAAAGAACCUCUGGGUAGCUGGAUUGGUCUGUGCAUGGUUACUGUCUGGCUGCAUGGGUGUGGUUAAAUUGGAUGUGCAUGGCUUGAAUUUAAUGGAAUGUGAUCAAUUUUCCUUGAGGUUUUAAGAAACAGCAGCAUUUAUCAAAGCAGCUGCAGGUCACGUGGGAGCAAUCCCCAGGAGUUAGAGAACACUCUAAUGGAAUCAUUCCUCAUGUUGCGGUUCCAGUUUUUCAUAUUAACACUUCAGGCCCUUCCUUCAUAUUCCCUUGCACAUGCCCACAAGACACACACAAUGUAUAGUUUUGCCUUAUCCCAGCUUACAGACAGCUCUCCAUAAGCAUCCAGUUAUCUCAUUGAGAUGUUUACAUAAAUGCAAAGGGAAAAUACAGUUACGUCCACAAAUACUACAGAUCUUCCUUGAGUAAGCUCUGCCCCCCUGAAAAACCCACCACUUCUGCUUCCUCAAUUGCAGUGGAUGGCCAGAGCUAUUUUUGAAGACUUAAGUGGUGUCUUGUGUUGGCCAUCUGCACAGGGUGAAUGUGAUAUACCAGGAUGCUACCCACAGGGGCGGCUCUUAUGUUUUUUGCCACCUCAAGCAUGGCAGGCAGGCGGCUUUCAGCGGCAGGUCCACUGGUAAUGCGGAUUUGGCAGUGCACCUGGAGGAGGUCCGCCGGUGCUGUGCCAUCGGUGUCCCUGCCACCGAAUUGCCGCCGAAGCCGUGGGACCGGCAGGCCGCGUUUGCUGCGCUGGUGCCUGGAGCUGCCCCUGGCUACCCAGACUUGUUGGGCAGCUUUGUCAUCCCUGCCCUGUAACCUGGAGUGCCUUGCAAUGCCUCCUCCAACCUGGACUGCUCAGAAACAGCCACCAGCAGGAAGGUCACUCCCAGAUGUAUUUGUGUAACGGGUCACACCCUGGCUCUCACCAGGCUUGGUUAUGCUGCAGGAUGAUCCCAACAAACUCCCAACUACUGAAUUUCCCCCCAGAAAUUUAUGUCUUGUACUGCCCAGUUCUCUCCUGGACAGUCCAAAUAUAUUAAAUCUCAUUCCUUUAAGGGAAUACAACGGUUAACUACCUUAAAUAGUUACCCAGACAUUUUAAUAUAAACUCACUGGAUUAGAUAAACCAAGUUUAUUAACUACAAAGAGAUAUAUUUUAAGUGAGUACUAGUAAUGAGGCAUAAAAAUCAGAAAUUAUUACAAGAAAAAUAAAGAUAAAACACUUUCUAAUGCCUAAUUUAACAAACUAUAUUAGAUUCAAGCAUAGUUUCUCAACACAUACUUUCAGCAGCAUUACUGACCAAACUCUUCAGAUCAGAACACUGCCCCUAACAUGCAACAGUUGUUGCCAUUGCCGUUGCCUUUUAAGGUGCAGAGAAUACAUUGGGCAGGGGAGGAGAGGGGUGUCUUGGAGUGUUUGCCCUGCCUUUUUAUAGUGUUUUAGUCCCUCUUUGAAAAGCAUUUCCAGCUGAGAACCAGGAGACAGGCAGUCUAUUGGAGGAAGGCUAUUCCCUGCUGGGCUUUUUCACUGUUUUGCAGGGGACCUGAAGAUCCAGUGAAGAAUCUGUGGACCUGGAUAUUUGGAGAAAGGAGAAUUUAAACAUUCUUGAGCUCUGACCCUAAUUCCACCACCUAUGAUUUAUAUUAAUAUAGUCUAACAUUUUGAUAAAAGAGAACAUAGAGCUUCAUUGGAAGAUGAGACCAGAUCUUCUGAAAAUGAAGGAGGUUGCCCUUAUUUACCUUGAUAGGAGUGGUGGCCUUCAGAAAUUUGUGGACGAUUGCAAACGAUAUAAUGACUCAAAGCAAAGUUAUGCUGUCUAUCGAUUCAUUAUUUCGAUAAAUCCUUCUGAUAUUGCUGAGUUGGAUGCAGCUCUUGGCAAUCAGAUUCUGCACAAACCCAUGAAAGCUGCACAGAUUUUUCAGUCGGUCUGUUUCAUAGCUAUUAAAACACUGUCAUUAAUUGAACAAUUACAGACAGAGGCCCAAAUUAAUAUAGUGUUGAAACCAACACACUUGCCUCCUCUGCCAAGUUAUGUUCUCAGCCUUUGUGAGUUUCCACUUGAUUACAUAUCUCAGAGAUUUUAUAUGUCAGAGGGAAUAGUGAUUGCAAUGGGAACUGUAACGAAAUACACACAAGGAGCAAGAUUCCUUUGUUCUGAGGAAACCUGUCCAUUUUCUGAAGGGUUUAAUUAUAUAAGAGUGCAUAUUCCUGGAGCUACAGAGUCUGCAACAGUGAGGAAUGAUUUUGUAUGCAGUUUAUGUGCUUCACCACUGCGAGAAGACAUGAAAUUUAGAGUACUUGGUGAUAAACAGCUAGUUGAAAUGAUAGAUGCAAAAGCUCUGAGUGCUUUCCAAGGAUAUUCCAACAAUAAACCACAUUUCAGGAUUCAGUCUUUUACAGUUUUCCUAAGAGAUGAAUUGUCGAACAAAAUGAAAAUAGGAAACAGGUAUAGGUUUAUAGGAAUUCCAGCCUGCAUACAAAACUGCUCACAGUUUACAGUCUGUAUAGAAGUCAACAGUAUGCAGCUCUGUAGUCCAGAAGGUACUUCUUGUAUCAGUGAGAAUUUUAAGUAUCUGCUGUCCUUGACUUCAAGUUCAUGUUGGAGGUUUACAGCCAUGCUUGCCACCAUCUUUGCUUCUCAAGUUGUCCCACCAGGCACUUACAAUACUCUUAAAUUGUCCAUACUGUUGAGUCUAGUCCAGACAUGUGACAGAGACAGAGAGACAGCAGAUUACCUGGAUCUUUUGAUUGUGACCAGUGACACCCUAAUAGCAGAUAGGCUUUUGAAUUACAGUGUUUGUCUUGUAGCCCGUGGCAUACGGCACCCAGCAUCUAAUGACAUUUUUCCUACUGUGUCCAAAGAUAAGCAUGGAACUGGAACUGCUAGCAUUCAGGCGUGCAGUGCUCUGCUGGCCAAAGGUGGUAUCUGCUUCAUAGGAGAUUUGUUGUCACAUAAAAAGGAUAAACUUGAACUUCUGCAGUCAGUGCUGGAGAGCAGAACCACUACAGUAUUUAUUCCUGGAAAGAAGUAUGGAGAAGAUGUUGACCAGCAAGUUAUUCUUCCAAUUCAGACCAGUUUCUGGACUUUUGUAGAUGAGGAUUUAUCGUCCAAAAAAUAUGUACAAAUGGAUAACACUCUAAUUGGCAAGUUGGACUUGAGCUCAAUAGCAGCUAAUCUUAUAGAUGCUUUUGGGCUUUUGAUACACUGCAAUGAAUUAUCUUGUCAACCACCUCUUCCUCUUUUCGAUCACAUCAUGAAAAAAGCCAUUGAUCCAGAAGAAGCACCUUGUACCAUCUCCCAGCAGUUCAGAACACAAGAUUAUGAAGAGCUUAUUGUAUUUGCUAAGAAUUUGCACGUAGAACUCAGUUCAGAAGCAGAAAGACUCAUUCAUGGCUACUACCUAGCAAGUCGCAGAGUCAGAACAGAUUCUAUUCAUGGAUCAAAACUAUCAACAUCUGCACUGAAAAUCCUGGUUUCAUUGUCUAAAGCACACACUAAGCUGAGUUUAAGGAAGAAAGUACUCGAGGAAGAUGUGUUGAUUGCUGUCUUGUUAUUUGAAUCAUCUCUCACUUUAAAACAUGGUGCCUCUGUAUUUUGUGUGGCUCCAAAUGCAGUGUUUCCCUUUGACCUUAUUGAUGAAAACACUCUGCAGCAAAGAGAUGUUUAUCUGAUGCAGUGCUAUCAGCAACUGUUACAGUUUAUUGCCACAUACAGCCCUGGAACACAUGUUACCACUAAUGAAGAAUAAAGAACCUAGUCUGAAAGCAGAGAUUAUUCCUAUUUCAUCAUAAAGUUUUGAUUUUGGAAAAUGUAAAAUUUAAAUAUUUAAAGUUUUAGAGUAUCGCUACUGCAAAAUGUAUAUGAAAGUUAAUGUUUUAUGAAAUUGUUACUCCUACAGAUAAAAGUUUGUAGCCAACUUGAAAUUAAACAAUAUUGCACAUUAAGUUUCUCAGACUUGGCAUAUCACUGGACUGGUGGCUUCUCAAAGCUGUGACCUCUAAAGAUAAGAUGACCCAGAGAAGAAAAGCAAAGCACCAUACUCAUGCUGCUGUAAAUACUAAGUAGGUGACAAUGCUCACGUCCCCACAACUAUUAAAAUGUACCAAGUGAAUGGUAGUGAGAAACUUACAUUAGGAAUAAGAGGAAAACAAAAGUUUUUUAAAACCAUUUUUAUUUAAU